GUCUCGGCACUCUUUCACGCAUAUCAAAGAUCCGCCACUAUCCCCUUUGUAAACUUUCAACUUUGAUUCCUCAUUUUCACUUCCUUUUCCCUCAAGUAUAUCAACAGGUGUAUGCCUGCACACUCCUUCGCUCCUUCCACCGAUACUACUGCUUUCCCUUCCUCCAUCGAGACAUCAUCCACAUCAGGCUCUCUACCUUUUCCUCUCUUGUCGUCGCUGAGACACCGGCCGUCAGGUAGGAUCCCGAAAACAGCAGCUUCACCAAAAUCUCCCACCACGAGCGCCAUGUUCUCCACGCGCAAGUACACGCCUUUACCCACGAGUGCCAACGGCCCUGCAAGGAAACGCGCCGGUGCCGGUGUGACGACAUGGAAGCGAUGGGCUUUACUCGUCACGAUCGGCGUGGCCGUGAUCUUCUUGGUAUUUAACCGCGCUAGUGGCGGAUCUGACGAUCAGCAGAUCUACAAUGAAGACAACACCUACACACCCUCGCUGGACGAGGAUGUCGUGGGAGGGGGCGACCCGAUUGACUACAGCUCUCCUCCCUUCCGUCCUGAAGACUCUGAUGUGGCUCAGCCAUUGGACCAUGAAGGCGACGGCGGAGAUGAGGGCAUGGACGGUAGCCUCGACACGCUUCCCGUUGGCGACGGCGGCGACGACAACGACGACAACACUUCCAACCCGCAUGACCCUACUUCCAGCGAAGCGCAGGAUGCUUCUGAAGCCGAGGCCGACUUUUCCGAGUCCGCGUCCGAGGUGGAGUCUCCUUUCCCUGGAUCGUUUGAGCAAGACCCCGACCCGGCUUCGACCACGGCCUGUACCGAGCCCGUGUCGUCUGACAAGCCUCUUGUGCAGUACGCGCUCACGAUCGACGCUGGUUCCACCGGUUCAAGGAUCCAUGUGUACAAAUUCAACAACUGCGGGCCUUCGCCCCAGCUCGAGUACGAGACGUUUAUGGCCGUCAAGCCGGGACUUUCGGCCUAUGCCCGUGACCCGACUGCUGCCGCUGCUUCGCUUGACCCCUUGCUCGAGGAGGCUUACAGGGUCGUUCCCGAGAGCUUGCGAAAGUGUACACCGGUCGAGGUCAAGGCGACGGCCGGUCUGAGGUUGCUCGGCCAGCAGGAAAGUGUGGCUAUCCUGGAUGAGGUCAGGAACAGGCUGGAGACCAACUGGGACUUUACGGUCGGUGGCGAGAAGGCUGUCGAGAUUAUGGACGGCAAGGAUGAAGGUGUCUACGCGUGGAUCACUGCCAACUAUCUGCUCAACAAGAUUGGUGAAGGCGCGGAAUCUGACGACACGCUUGCCGUCAUGGACCUCGGCGGUGCAUCCACCCAAAUCGUCUUUGAGCCCAAGUUUGCGGCGGACUCUGAGCAGGCGCUGGCCGAGGGCGAGCACAAGUACGAACUGACCUUUGGCGGCAAGGACUUUACGCUCUACCAGCACUCUUACCUCGGCUAUGGUCUCAUGCGCGCGAGGCGUAGUGUGCACAACCUCGUCGCGUUCACGUGGAGCUUUGGGCAGGGUGAAGUCGAGUGGGAGAACUUGAGCGAGGAGGUAGAGGUGCCGAACCCUUGUUUGUCAAAAGGUACCACGCGGAGAGUCGCGCUUGAUCCCCCUGGGCGGCAGACGGUGAACGUUACGAUGCACGGUGGGAACGGGAAUUUUGAGGCGUGCAACAGGGUCGUCGAGUUGGUCAUGGCCAAGGAUGCUAUUUGUGAAGUCAAACCUUGCUCUUUCAACGGUGUCUACCAACCGUCGCUUCUCGACACAUUCCCCCGUGGGCAACUGCUCGCCCUUUCCUACUUUACGGACCGCAUCAAGCCUCUUCUCCCUUCUUCCACCACCUCGACCCUCUCCAUCUCUGAGCUGACGUCCAUGGCCAAGGACGUGUGCGCCGGUCCUGAAGUCUGGGCCGAGCGGUGGGGCAGCGACGCGGCGGCGAUGGAAGAGCUUGCCGGCAGGCCCGAGUACUGCCUCGAUUUGACGUUUAUGAACGCCUUGCUCGGUCUCGGCUACGAGCUUUCGCCCGAGAGGGAGUUGAUGGUGGAGAAGCAGUUGAGGGGUGUAGAGCUUGGCUGGGCGCUGGGUGCGGGUCUGGCGUUGGUGGAGAAGGCAGAGUUGACGUGUACUGCGUAAAAGGUGGAGUUUUUUUUUUCAACGAGGGGUGAUAUAGAAGGGAGGAGAUAUAGAGGGGAUAGAGUGGAUGGGAAAAAGGUCAGAUGUGGGCCCACAGUCUUUUGUAAAAAGCAGUUUAGGUUUAGAUAAUGCAAUCCCUUGAC